AUGACAGUGGCUUUGGAUGAAGAGGGCGUAUCCGUGGAUGAAUGCUACUGGGAAGCAAGCUGGGGUCUGAUCAACCCUGACUGGGUCGCCUGCGAGAGGGUGUAUGAUAUUGAAAGACCAGAAACACCCAUAAAAACUUCUGGCAUCAAGGAGCUUCAUGUGAAAACAGUAAAGCGUGGAGAAGCUGUAACUAUGGAGUGUAACUUUAGCAUGAUCACAAACAAAAAGAAUUUACUAUUGUUCAGACAGAGUUUUGGAAAAGUGCCUCAGUUUUUGGCAAAACCAUACACAUUUGACGGUAGCCAUGUCAGUAUUACUGUAAACGGCCAUAAAUUUGAUCUCAACGUUAGAGAAACGAGAAAAGAGGAUGGAGGAGAAUAUUUCUGUGCAGUAACUGAGGGAACUGUAGUAAAGUUCAUAUCUGGAACACGUCUGCAAUUUGAAGGUGAAGAGAUAAAAUGCUGUCCUACACCAGGAACGGUUACCAAGAACACAGACUGUGUUACACACCAGGGUUCAAGCAGCACAUAUGGAAACGUUGGGGUUAUUACCUUCAUGCUUAUUAUCUAUACAAUAAUCUGGAUUGUUUUCAAAUUAGAAAUUCAGACACAAACAGAAGAAAUACUGAUUAAAGCAGAAGAUAAUGUAUUGAUUAGCACUAAAGUCCGACGAGCCAGGCGAGUGCGUGACAGCACACAGGAAGUGCACGAGUGUUAG